AAAAUAUCUAGAUUAUUCUAAAUUCUUAAAAAAAUUUUAACUUUUGGUUAAUAAAAGUGGGAAGCGUAAGCAGUAAUGUCUUAAAUUUACUUUAUUCACUUUAAAAAAUUGAACCAAAUUAGCUCCCAACCCAAAAAUUUUGGAACUACUACUUGAACUAACAAAUAUAUAAAAUUAUCUAGUUGCAAUUUUAACACACAAGAGUUAGAUUGUAACAUGUAGUACCCUCUAUACAUUAGAAUGACGAGCACUUGUACUUUGGCCCAUAUAACGCUAUUUCAAUAAAUGUAAAGAAUUGAGAUUUUUAUAAAAAUAUGAUAAACAAGAUCCCACCAGAGCAAUUCCAAUAUAAUGACCCUAAACAUUGUGACAGGUUUUUUGAUGUACCAGGAGAUGAUGAAGAUUGUAAUUCUGCUAUUCUUAAAAACAAGAAAAAAACAAUUAAAAAAAAUGUUACCAAAAUUAACAAGAAAUCAAAAAAUGUCUUUGCACGUUUGAUGAAAUUUUUGAAACUCUUGCCAGUGCUCUCAUUUCUAGGACUAGCAGCUUUAUGGUUUAUACCUAAUUACGACUUCUUCCGUGGUAUGAUCGCAACGGUAUUUGUAUUUAGAGUGUUAGUUGGAUUAAAAGGUGUAGUCGUAUUUAUCAUUAACUCAUAUUUGAAGGAUUUACCAGAGCAAGGGAAAUUUGAAAUUCCCGACUAUGCGAAUAUGACUGAUAUUGAUCCACCAGCAGUGGAGCAAACCACUAAUAUGAAAAUUUAUGAGGGUUGGAUGUGCGAAGUGUUUGACUAUGAUCCGGAAACUUUUAAUACCUCGUUGUUUAAACCAGUUUAUGUCACACUGCAAGGCAGCAUAUUAACGCUUGCAGGCACCUUUACUAAAAUACCUGUACGCGAGAUGUGGAAUGAGGUGAUUGAUUAUGAUAAAGUACAAUUUGUAAACCAUCGUACAUAUAACAUCAUAGGAAGCUAUGUAACUCUAUUACCGCUAGAUAUACCGAGAAGGAGAUAUUUUAGUCGUAAAUUGCCAAUAAAAAUAUCAAUAAACAGCUGCUUUCCAAAGAUUAUACACACUGAUCCAUUGUUGCCGCCUAUAAACAAUUCAACGAAUAGUUUAAAAUAUAUAACAAGUAAAUUUAAAUUUAAAAAGGCAAAGAGUGAUACAUCUGUUACGGAGAGUAGUAAACCAACUAUAAUUGACUACGAAAAAUACUACCCAAAAAGUAACUCUGAGACAAAUAUAUGCACCAUUAUUAGUGAUGAAACUUUAUAUGUAUUACCAGAUAAUAGUUCAAGCGUGAAAUUUGAUAAUCGUACUAAUACCAAUGAGAGUUUCCUAACCACUGUUAGCGAUGAGGAACUGGAAACACUCUUUCUGUUUGGCCGGACAGCACGACAAAAGGAGGACUGGUAUCGCCGAUUCGUUGCUGCUAGCGCUGGCCAUAUUUAUGAUCAAACAUUGUUACUUCCUAAUUUAACUGCUGCAUCGGAAUCAGAUUUGAAAAUAGUUGAUGGAAAUAUUGAUAUAGAAGACCCAACAAAAAAGGCCAAAGAAUCGUUGCAAACAAAAUCUUCAAAUCAAACCAACGACAUUCAUCAAGACAUUCAAAAGGUAAUCGAAAAACCGGAAACCAAUUUUCAGGGCUUGCUAUUUAGUAGUUGCGCGGGAAGAAAUAAAGAGGAUUACAUCAAAUUUAUGGCGCUUUAUCAGAAAUCCUGCCAACAAAACAAAAUUCCACUUUUUAAAAGAAUUGAAUUAAAUCCAAUCGAUAUGUUACAGAACCGCAAAUUAAAUCGUAAAAGUAUUGACCUCUGGAAAGGUGUUGAUAUAUCUUUAUUUUUGGGUCCAUCAGGUAGUGUUGUUUGGGCAAAUGUGUUGUUGGGACGUUUUAUUUAUGGUUUACUAAAUGAUGAGAAAAGUUUAGAAAAGGUUCGCGAACUUAUUCAGAAAAAAUUAUCUGCACUAAAAUUGCCAGUUUUCAUAGAGAACAUUACUGUCACAAGCGUUGAUUUAGGUAACACACCACCAUUAAUACAUAGAAUUUCUCAACCAUUAUUAGAUGAGCGUGGCAUUUGGGUUGAUGCAGAUGUCACUUAUGAAGGAUCAGCACACAUAACAAUAUCUACUGAGUUAAAUUUAAUGCGAUUAAAACGUUUACCUCAUCCACCCGCUUUUAUAGAAACACAUGAAGAACGUCUUCAGCCAAAAACUGAUGGACUUUCUACAGGACUUAGUCGGUCAUCAAUAUUAUCAAGUCGAUUUUUGGAUGCGGGGGAUCCAUCCAGUGGUGAAAGUGAUGUUGAAAAUGGAAAUAAUGUAAAUUUGCACCAUAAAUCCAAACAAUCCAACACAAAAAUAAUAAAGAACAAUAAGUCUGCUAUUUCUCAAGAGACUACUGCUACAGCACAAAGCGGAAGUCAAAUUACUACCGAUCCUAAGGAACCACUUCAUAAGUCCCGAACUGCAAAAUUCAUAGAGCAUUUCACAAAUUUAUCGUAUAUACAGCGCGCAAUGCAAAAUAUGAGCUCAACGCUAACAUUGAAAGUGGAUAUUAAAGGAUUAGUAGGGCGUGCUACAAUCAAUAUGCCACCACCGCCAUCAGAUCGCAUAUGGCUUGGUUUCCGCGGUCCUCCACGUCUUUGGAUUUCAGCUACACCAACCUAUGGAGAUAAACUGUAUGAUUAUAACAUUGUGAGAAAAGUUAUUGAAAGCAAAAUAUGUGAAGCUAUUAACCAAUACGCGGUUUAUCCCAAUUUACUCGAUUUGUCAAUAGCAAUGCUUGGAAGAUCUUCGUAUCAAGAAGAGCAAAUUUAAUGUUAAUAUGAUUUCAAUUAUUAAUCAAUUUUUCAUAUGAAGAA